GUGGAGGGGGCUGAUAAAGAAGAUAGGAAUAAACAGGGGAAGAGGAGGGAGGGCUCAUACAUUCAAACGGAACCAGAAUUCCAGCGCCGGCAGGGCCUGCACACCGAGAGGACACCGCGGGUUGGGAAGAGCCCGGAGCGGUGUGUGGAUGGCGCUGAUUGAAUGAGGGAGAGCGGAGCCCCCAUGACGACUCAAUCAUCAUCUGUGUGCGCAUGCCCACCGUACACUACACACCGGAUCACCGGGGAUCUACUACUACUACUGGGGGGAUCUAUCGCUGCACUGCACGGAAUCUGCUUGUUGGCACUGACAGUGACAGGCGGUCACCCCCCCCAUUGAACUGAUCAUAGUAUGGAGACACUAUGCAUGCUGAUGACAGGCAGGAUUGGGGUCUUCACUCAUCACAUGAUCACCUGAGCUCUGCAAUCAGAUCAGCACUACAUUCCACAACCCUGCACUGACAAAGAGCACAAACCUUGUGUGUUAUCAUUGCACUCCUGUGAUUACAGCCAAACACUACAAUAUUGCUACUCUUAUCCCCUAUCCAUCUAUUGGCUGCUGCUUCCUUUAAGACUCUUGGCUGAGGAUGCCGAUCAACCACCCAACAUUGGAAGAAUAGGAUGUAAAUAUCGUUCAGUCAUAGGAGAUCGGUAGAAGGGGAAUCCAUGUGGGGUGCCAGCGAUGGUACAUAGGCCUGGCAUGGUGUUGUAGAAUGUUCCACUGACCGCCAUUCGUUAUGCCAAUCAUGUAAAGUGCGCAAGCCGCAAAGAUUCAGCCAUGGUAGACGUUGCGGAAAACGCACAGGUGAAGAAGACCUUCCUAGUCCCCGCCAUCAAACCUUUCGAUCACUAUGACUUCAACAGGGCCAAGGUGGCCAGUAAUCUGGCCUGGCUGGUCGCCAAGGCGUAUGGGGCAGAAAAUGUCCCAAAAGAACUUCAGGAACCUUUCUACACCGAUCAGUAUGACCAGGAGCAUAUGAAGCCUCCAGUAGUGAACCUUCUGCUUUCUGCUGACUUGUACUGUCGGGCUGGUAGCCUUAUUCUUAAGAGUGACACCGCCAAGCCUCUUCUGGGCCAUGACGCAGUCAUCCAAGCCUUGGCACAGCGUGGGCUCUAUGUUACUGACCGUGAGAAGCUUGUUACAGAGAGAGACCUGAGAAAGAAGCCUAUUCAGAUGAGUGCUCAUCUGGCAAUGCUUGACACUUUGAUGAUGGCGUACACCGUGGAGAUGGUCAGCAUUGAAAAGGUCAUCGCGUGUGUCCACAAAUAUUCUCCCUUCUUUCAGACUGCAGACCUGCCUUAUGACAUAGAAGAUGCUGUCAUGUACUGGAUUAAUAAGGUAAAUGGACACUUGAAAGGAAUUCUGGAGCAAGAGCAACGAAUAAAAGAGCAGCAGGAUCUUGAACUAAACACGACACAGAAGUCUUCUUCCAAAUGGUUUUGGAAACUGGUCCCUGCAAGAUACAGGAAGGAGCAGUCUUUAUACAAGCAGCUACCAUAUAUUCCUUUAAUGGAGAACAUCUUAAAGGAUGCAACUGAUGGCUGUGCAAUAGCUGCUCUCAUCCACUUCUACUGCCCAGAUGUGAUCAGAUUAGAAGAUAUCUGCUUCAAAGAAUCUAUGUCUCUGGCUGACAGUCUUUAUAACCUCCAGUUAAUCCAGGACUUUUGCCAGGAGUACUUGAAUGGAUGCUGUCAUUUUAGUUUGGAAGACAUGUUAUAUGUUUCAUCCUCAAUUAAGGCCAAUUACUUGGUGUUCAUGGCUGAGCUUUUCUGGUGGUUCGAAGUGGUAAAGCCUUCAUUUGUACAGCCAAGAGUUCUCAAUCUUCAAGACCCCUCUAAGUUGUCUUCAAAAUCAUCGCACUUUAACAGGAGGCAUACACUUGGAAGUUCCUCAAAUGCCAGAAACCCACAAGAUGUACCACCAUCACCUGGUCAAGCUGCCAUUCGAAGAUCGUCAUCUAUGUCGUAUGUGGAUGGACAGGUUGGAACAUGGCCCAAAGAAAAGCGAUCUUCGGUGCAUGGUGUAUCUUUUGACAUAUCUUUUGAUAAAGAGGAUGGAAUGAAAGUCACAACCCCAAGCAAACCAAUCCGGAGGUCAAUUAGUAAUGAAGGCUUUUCUCUCAAUCUUACUCGGGUACCCAGACACAUCCGUAAAAAUCUUUCCUUCCAGCCAAUUAAUGGCCAAGGAGAGUCCGUUGGCAUUAGUGAAGAAUGGAUUCAUACUCCACAAAACCAUAAUGAUUUGUCACCAUCCAGCAGCCAGUUGGACUCCGAUGAUAGUGAUCAAAACAAAAGGCCAAAUGGACCUGUUGAAAAUAGGGUUAAUGUAGAUCAGCUGGACUCUCCGGUAGAACCCCCAAGCAUAGAAGAAGCACUUGAAAUCAUUCACAACCCAGAAAAGACAUCUAUUAUAGGAGAUCAGAUGAACAAUGGUUUUUUUCUUCAUAGCAGUGAUGUAAAUUUAGGUCUGCAACUAUCUCCACAAGGUUAUACAGACUCUAAUAUAGACCUCUUCGAGAAAAAAGAAGCAUUAAGUGAUGUUACUGACAAUACAGAAGUAGAUACUGGCAUUCAUGUUCCUUCAGAAGAUAUUCCAGAAACCAUGGAUGAAGAUUCUUCUUUGAAAGAUUAUACUGUAAGUUUAGAUUCUGACAUGGAAGACCCUGUGAAAGUUCACCAGGACUAUGUUAAUCUCAACUCCAAUCUUAGAGAAGCAGUUAGUCCCUGUCCCAGCUCAGUAAGUGGCAAAUCGCAGGCAGGCAGUUCGGCCUCUUCGAGUUCUGGAAUCAAAAUGACCAGCUUUGCAGAGCAGAAGUUUAGAAAACGGAAUAAUGCCGAUGGCAGGAGUAGUGGAAGCAGUUCCCAAAAAACUACCCCUGAAGGUUCAGAAUUAAACAUACCUCAGGUGCUUGCAUUUGGCCAAAUUCAGGAGGAAACCUCUCUGCCGCAGGUCAGAGACACCACGCAACUGUUGGCAUCUGAAGUUGUCCAGCUGAGAAUGAAAUUGGAGGAAAAAAGAAGGGCUAUUGAAGCACAGAAGAAGAAAGUAGAGGCAGCAUUUACUCGUCGGAGGCAAAAAAUGGGUAGAACUGCAUUUCUCACAGUGGUUAAAAAGAAGGGAGAUGGGAUCUCUCCCUUACAAGAGGAAGCCGGAUGUUCAGAAAAUGAAAAGGUCACUCAGGAAACAUUUGAAAUAAAGGAACCAAGAACUUCUGAUGACAAGCAUGUAAGACUAAAAGUAAACAGUGAUCAAUCACUUAGAUGGCCAAAAUCCCCAACAACGCCUGUAGAUACUGAAAAAGCUUGGAAUUUUGCAAGUCCAAGUGAGGAAAACAUGGCUGAGGUGGAUGUAGUGGAAUAUACACGAUCAAUUGAAAAACUAAAUUUCUCCUUGAACUUUCUUCAGCAGGAAAUGCAGAGGUUAGCUUUGCAGCAGGACAUGUUGAUGCAGAUGAGGGAGAAACAGGCCUGGGUUAUCUCCCCACCUCAACCUUCUCCACAAAAGCAGUUACCGCGAGAGACCAAACCAGCCACAAAACCCUCUGUUACAUGGUCUCCAGUCCCUUUUACUAUGGAGUCACCGCGCCAAACUCACAGAUCACCCCAGGCUUCAGUUAAAAGGACUGUGUCCUUCUCUUCAAAGCCGCAGAGAACUCCUCGACCCAAUGAACUUAAAAUAACACCUUUAAACCGUACUUUAACACCUCCGCAAUCUGUAGAUAGUCUUCCUCGUCUGCGAAGGUUUUCUACAAGCCAGAACCAGAGAAGAUCAUUUGUAUACUUUGGAGAUGAUCCUGAUUCACAAGAGCAGGAGGCUGAUCUGGAAACUGCUAGUGACAUUUCCAGAAAUGAGGAAUCUGAGAAGGAAUUGGAUACUGAUCAGACUUCUGGGAAACGUGUAGGAGUAAAGAACAAACCAAUUGAGUCAACCGUGUCGGAAGUAUUAUCCCAGCCUAUUGUAGAAACUGUAUGUGUAACACCAAAUGAUGAAACAUUCAGCCAGAGAAGCUUCUCCACCUCCAAAAAUGCAAGUCUGAUUGAAGUCCCGCUCUCAAAGUUACAACCCCCAGAUGAGGCACCUGAGGAACCUGAGAAAGAUCUCAUCACUGAAGACCAGAAAGUUUGCUGUGGCUUCUUUUUUAAGGAUGACCGUCAAGAAGAAAAUGACCUGGCUGCCAAACGUGCUGCUCUUCUGGAGAAGAGACUGCGGAGAGAGCGUGAAAAUCAACAGAAGAAACUGGAGCAGGAAAUGGAGCAAGAGCUGAAGAAAGAGGAGGCCAAGCGAAAGUCGGAAGAAGAGCGCAAUAAGAAGGAAGAUGAGAAAGCCAGACGGGAGUAUAUCAAACAGGAAUACAUGCGCAGGAAGCAGCUAAAGUUAAUGCAAGACAUGGAUUCUGUUAUAAAACCCAGAGGGAACCUUGGCAAGACUAAAAAGCCUCGACCUAAAUCUAUACAUAGAGACCAUCAGGCUGAAUCGCCUAGAACACCCACUGGGGGCCCUCCAGUGUCUGCUUUUUCCCUGGCCUCGCUGAAUGCAGGGGACAAUGAAAGUGUGAACUCCGAGAAAAGAACACCAAGCCCAUUUAGGUCAGAGUCUGUCGAAGGAUUCCUGUCUCCCGGCCGCUGUGGCAGUCGUAAUGGUGAAAAAGAUUGGGAGAAUGCCUCUACUACUUCUUCAGUAGCAUCAGCAACAGAGUAUACAGGACCAAAAUUAUACAAAGAGCCCAGUGCUAAAUCAAAUAAAUAUAUCAUCCAGAAUGCUAUCUCUCACUGUUGCCUGGCUGGCAAAGUGAAUGAAGGUCAAAAGAAUAAGAUAUUGGAGGAAAUGGAGAAAUCAAACGCCCAUAAUUUCCUGAUCCUCUUUCGUGACUCGGGGUGCCAGUUCCGAUCAGUGUACACCUACUAUCCAGAAACUGAAGAGAUUAAUAAGCUGGUGGGAAUUGGGCCACGCUCCAUAUCUCGGAAAAUGAUUGACGGCCUCUACAAGUACAAUUCUGAUCGCAAGCAAUUCAGCCACAUUCCAGCCAAAACCAUGUCUGCUAGUGUUGAUGCUGUGACCAUCCACAGCCAUCUAUGGCAGGCUAAGAGACCUGCCACCCCUAAAAAACUUCUCUCCCCCAAGGCAUAGCAAUGACGGGCAAAGAAAAGACCCACCUGACAUUUUGAUGACAUGAGUCAUUAUUUAUUGCCAAUGAGACUCUUGGGUGAACACAAGACUCUUCCUAUGGCUGUCUACACACAACUGGAAUGUAGGACAGUAUUGACAAGGGGUGGGCAAGGGUGGGGAAAGAAAAGGGAUGCAGGAGGGAGGUUAUUUAUCACAGAACUUUUUCAUUUGCGUAUAUUGGAGGGUAAGCUGUAUGUUUAUUUGAAUUUUAAGCGCACGUGCGGUUUUAACUUUUGACAAUGAAGCACUGACCUUUGUCCAUCGUCAAUGAGUGGAAUGACUUGACAUCUCCAGGCUUAUAUGUUUUUUUAUUUUAUUUUUUUAAUUAUGUGUUGAGUGUGGGCAAGAUGAUGUUGAGCUCAAUGAGUCAAUUGGAUUUGAUUUCUGUUUCGUUGAUUGGAGAAGUGUGUAACCAGUUUAAAAUGCUAACGGUUUACUGCCAGAAUGGAUCACAGUCUACUCCUCAGCAAGGGUUGCUGAGCUCUAUAGCAGUGAGUGGCUCGAGAAAUGGACCAGCUUACCUCAAAAUUGUAAAGCCAGUAAGCAUGUGUUUGGAUAAAAGCAUCACUAAUAUUAUACUUGUUUUUAGGGUGAAUUGUUACAAAGAACUGACUAUUUAAGUACUCUCUCCUGGCUGACAUUCCCAGAAUGCAUUGUGCAUAGUGUUAUUUAUGCUCUGCAUUUUUAUUCAAAUGACAUGACUGAAAGUGACUGUAUAUGUUUUUUUCUACUACUUGUGUAAUUUUACUACAUUAUUAUUUUUUUUUUUCAUUUGGUUAUAUUUAAAAUGUUAUAUAAUGAUGUAGAACCAGAGCCUUCACACAGAAAAAAUAGUCUUAACCUUUUGCUGCUGUCACUUUAAUAUUUUCACAUAAUUUGUAAGAUUUUAGUGGAGUUUAGCAUUUCAAAGUACUUUUUUUGGAAGGUAAAGGCUGCUCUCCAUGGAGAAGUCACUGAAGUGUGGGCACUGCUGGACGAAUUAGAGUGGCACACCAUGGCUACCCUUUGGAGACAGAUAUGCCACUCAAUAUAACAGUAGAAUCUCUACUUGGACAAAUAUACAUAUGCUAAACAUAUUGGGAGACACUAGCCGUUACAUCUGACUUCCAUUGAAAAGAAAGAGUAAACAGUGUUAUGAGUGAUAAGAGUAUUAGACUGCAAAGAAUAACACUAAUGCUGCAAGACAGGAAGCCGCCAUCUUGUCUUGUUCAGUGUAUGCACUUUCAAGGAUGAAAGAAAAGUGUGAUUGUCUGUAUUUUUUAUUCAGGUUUUUAAACUGGGUAUGACUGCAGUUAUAAGAAUUAUUGUUGGCCAUCAUAUUUUACACACAAAUCAUGUUUGGCUAUUAAAAGCUGUCUGCAUAGCAGAAAAAUGAUAUGGUCAUUAGUAUUUCCACUUAUGCUUCAGUUUGGGGUGUGGAUUUAGCACAUAACACUAUAUGUUACAUUAAACUUGGCUUACAUUCUCUUGCCAAACACUUGGCUGUUAUUCAGAUAGUAUUACAAAAGUAUUCUUCCAUUUUUAAUACUGGUACUGCAGUGUUAAUCUCAUUAUCUGACAGAAAUGUUGAUAUUCACACCCCACAUUAUUUUGUAUGUGUUACUGAAAUAAACUCCUUUUGCUGACCACAUGUUCUAGAUAGAAAGUGGUAAUUUUAGCCCCAUUUGACAUUUCGUGUUGCUAGGGAGCUCUUAUAGGCUUUACAGCCACACAAAAGAUCAGUAUUUGCAGUGGGUAUCCCCUCGCAGAGGUUUCUGGAUUUGACCUUGUGCACCAGAGUGAUUUACCUUGUGCACCUAGUUGCUAUUGUAUAAAUACCCUAAACAAAUGACCAAGCACCUUAGAGGGGGACGUUAAAGGGGUCUGCACUUAAGGUUAUGUAUCUGGUGUUGUUGAUCCUUAAAUAAACUGCAUGUUGGAAACAUUUUAA